AUGCAUUCAGCAAGAAUUCAGCAAUUUGUUCGAAGACUCCAUAGACCAUCGAUUUCAGCAGAUCAUGUUUAUAUUUCGAGUAAAUAUACUGGAAGACUAUUUAUUUGUGAGCAAGAUGAUGUCAACAAAAUGAUAGACACAUAUCAAAAAAUUGAUGACAAAUAUGCGAUUUAUGAACAAAUGUUUUUGACUAUUUUCUUGGUUUGUUAUAAAAUCUUCCUAUUUUUGAUAUAAACAAUUUAUUUUUCUAGGGACAAGAAGUCGAAAUGGCACUCAGUUUUGGAUUGGAAAAUCUCGAUGAACAACAAUUAAAAAAUGAACAAAGAUUCCGAACUCAUGUCACAAAAUUUCAAAGAUUCAUAACUGGAAUAAUUGAUAUGUUAUCAAAAGGUGUACAAAGUUCCGAACAAAUUGUUGAGAUUUUGAGAAUUGUUGGAAGACAACAUGGAAAUGUUCGAACUAUGAGUUUUACUGCAGAGAAAUGGCUCAUUUUCAAAAAUGUUCUUUUGGAACUUCUUUGUAAGGAUGUUAACGUGAGUUGAACAUACUUAAAUUGAGUUUCAUUUCAGUUCCAACCAACAAAAAAAAACAAGACAAUUACUUUAUAGGAAAGGGUAGCUGCUGCUUGGAACAAAUUGAUCAGUUUUAUGAUUUCGGAAGUAAAAGACAGUUAUUUGGAACACGUUCGACAUGCCAGAAGUUCUUCAUGUCCACAAAUCAAUUCGUAUCGAUUUAUCUCAUCUCGAUCAAAACGUAUAAAAUCAAGAAAACAUUCAGAAUCAGUAAACAAAUUGGGAAAAAUCAAUGAUUAG